CAGUGAGAAAGAUAUGCACAAGGCAAGAGGUUGUGAGUUGGAUACUUUCAUGGUGGACAUAGACCAUGCGCCAAAGGCGCUGCUUUGAAUUCCAACACCACCAUGCGCCAAGGUCUGUUACAGAGUUCACAGGCGCUGCUUUGUUUUCCAACACCACCAGAUCUUCCUGCGACUUUGAUGCUUUUCUUCACCGGGAGGUCCCGUGCUAGUUUCUUCUCUCGUCGGUCCAGCUCGUUCCACACCUUCUCCUUGUUUUCCCUUCAGCCGUAGGUGCAGGUUCGGCAGCCUUGUUUCGUCUGGACUGCAAAGCUCGAUCGAGUCUCAGGGGCAGGGCAGCAGCUGCAGCGGCCGACUGCUCUCUCCCACGACUGCCAGCUCAUGCUCAUCUGAUUUGGAUGCAGAUCCUGUGCUGAUCGAUAUCCGACUUCACUCUCACGACCAUCAUUUCCAUCAAAGAAAAUUUGUAUUUGGUAACACUCAAUGUUGGAGAAAUGGCCUUCUACCCACCAUAUUUACGAGAAAUUAAAUUGUAUCUGUUCUGUAGUGCAGGUCUUGCUGCAAUUAUCUCCACCACUCGGAAUGACGGAAUCCAGUGUAGGAUCCAGUGCAGUCGUCAGGCCUGGCGUCUUGACUCGGUGGUCGUCUCCCCUAUCCACACUCUCCUUGGCUUAUGGUGAUCAAAGGAAGCCUUCCUGCAUUAUUGCCAUUGCCUCCCCAACUGUCCUCACCCUCCCUCGAUCGCUGCACUCUCAUUCAUCAGUCUUCACAUCUAGGUCAUUUCUUUCACAUACGCGUGCAGUCUCUGUCUUGGUGAUAAAACGAACUGAGGAACCACUACAACAGGACGAGAGACAGGGACUCCCUCUGUUCAACCUUCUCGCUCCUCAGUCUUCACAUCUGGUUUCGGGUCCUAUUCGGAUUUAUCCCAUGACCGCCGUUCAGCUCUCGAUUCUUGAAUGAUCGUCUUCCGGGCUGGCUAAGGUAAUGACUUGCAUGCAUUUCCUGCCUAGCUUGCUUUGUCUGGGGGUCGGAAUUUAGUGGACAUUAAAACCAGGGCAAGCCACAAGGGAAUGCUCGAGCAAGUGAGCAUGGAGGUCGUCACGGGCGUGAUAGGCUCCCUCCUGUCCAAGCUAGGGGGCCUGCUCAAGGAGGAGUACAAUCUGCAGAAGAGCGUCAGGGGUGAGAUCAUGUUCCUCAAAGCAGAGUUUGAGAGAAUGCAGGCUGCACUACUCAUGGUCUCCGAAGCACCGAUGGAUCAGCAACCUAGCAUCCUUGUCAAGCUUUGGGCAAGGGAUGUCAGGGAACUGUCCUACGAUGUCGAGGAUAAGGUUGAUACUUUCAUGGUGCGCAUAGACCGUGCGCCAAAGGAGCUGCAUGGUCUCAGGGGCUUCAUCGACAGAAGCCUCGACCUCUUGACCAAGGCCAAGAUCCGCCACAAAUUAGGCACCCAGAUUAAAGAUCUCCGGAGCAGCAUCGAGGAAGUGAGCGAACGCCGUGAUAGGUACAUGGUUACUCAGGUUGCCAAGCCUGCGGAUGUACCUGUUCAGAACCUUCGUCUAUCAGCUAUGUAUAAAAAGGUAGAUGAGCUCAUUGGCACUGAAGAGAAGUGCGAUGAGUUUAUUGGUAGGCUAAUAGAGGAGAAGGAUGAGCCAUCGAAGAAACAGCUCAAGACAGCUAUUGUUGGUUUCGGGGGAUUAGGCAAGACGACACUUGCUAAGGUGGCGUAUGACAAGCUUAAAGAGCAAUUUGAUUGUGCGGCCUUCAUUUGUGUGUCUCUAAAUCCCAAUAUAGAGAGGAUUUUCGUUAAGAUGCUCCGUCAGCUAAUGAAAGAUGAUAAAUAUGAAGCAACUUGUGACACAGCACAGCUUAUCAAUGAUGUAAGAGCAUUUCUUCAGAAUAAGAGGUAUCUCAUUGUUAUUGAUGAUAUAUGGAAAGCUUCCGUGUGGAAGAUAAUCCAAUAUGCGUUAACUGAAAAUGAAUGUGGAAGUAUCAUAAUUUCAACAACUCGCAAUCUUGACGUUGCCAAAAAAAUCGGUGGUGUCUAUCACCUACAACCUCUUUCUCUUGCUGACUCCAGAAAGUUAUUCAACCUUAGAAUAUUCGGCACUGAAGAUAAAUGUCUUUCCAAUGAAUUGGCUGAAGUAUCUACAGAGAUUUUACGAAAAUGUGGAGGCUUACCUCUAGCUAUCAUUACGAUAGCCAGUACGCUGGCCAAUAAAAAGGGAAUGGAAAAUAUAUAUCAAUACUGGUCCAAGGUGUGCAAAACUCUAGGUUCUGGGCUGGAAGAUAGUCCUGAUGUAGAGGAUAUGAGAAGAAUACUAUCAAUUAGUUAUUAUGACCUGCCUCUACAUCUGAAAAAUUGCAUGUUGUAUUUAGGUUCAUAUCCAGAAGAUUAUGAGAUAAGCACAAAAGAUUUAAUAUGGAAAUGGAUGGGUGAAGGGUUCAUCCUCAAAGAACAAGGGAGGUCCUUUUAUGAGGUAGGUAAGGAUUAUAUCGAUGAGCUAAUCAACAGAAGUAUGAUCCAGCCAUCACGUACCCACCCUGACAGCAAGAAGGCAGUUGAGUGUCGAGUACAUGAUAUGGUACUUGAUCUCAUCACACGAUUGGCAAAUGAGGAUGGUUUCAUGGCAACAAUACAUUACCAUCAGCCCAGGUGUCAACAAGAAAGGAUACAUCGAUUGUCCCUCCAAACCAGCAAUGAAGAGGAUGUCAAGCAGUUAUCAGCUGCAAACUUAUGCCAUCAAGUGGACAAUAGGUGCUUCAAGGAAAUCUGCAAUUUGAUUCACCUUAGGUACUUGGGACUAAGAUAUGCAGGUAUUGCUGAGAUUCCAAAAGAGAUCCAGAAGCUACAGCUUUUACAGAUGCUAGACAUAUAAGUUUUACUGGAAUACACGAGCUGCCAUCAACCUUUGUUCUACUACAAAAAUUGGUUCGCUUAUGUGCUGACACUCUGUAUAGAGUGCCGGUUGGGUUCGGGAACCUCAAGUCACUGCAACUGUUGGAUGUUCCUU